AUGGACUGUGAUAUCAGAACUGGAGUGUGCUUACUUAACAUACUAGAAACAUUUUUAAAAAUUUUUCAUUUCACAGUCAAAGAAAACAAUUUUCAGGAGGUGCUUUCCAAGCUGAAACUGGAGAAGUACUUGAGACAGAAACUUUCUUUAAGCAAAAUUCUUGAAAUUGGCCCAGAAACCAUAUGUGUGCAAAGCUGCAGAGCAUGGGAAGUUCUGUGGUAUUUUCUAAAGAAACUUAUGAUUCUCAACUUGACGGCCAGAAAUAUCAGAUGCUUAGUGGGUGUUCCUGAACCAACCGUUGACCAAACAAAUCUUUCCAACCUUUUUGACAACUCGGGAAAAGAUGUUGGCGAUGCAUGCAAUCCGCUAGGUGUCAUCACUGCAGUUUUCCUUGGUGCUGACAGCACACUGCAGCAAGAGAUGAUGAUGAAGAUGUCUAUGUGCCAGUUUGCACUGCCUCUCUUACUGCCAGAUUACAGCAAGGACACCAGCACCCUGCUGUUGUGGGCCAUGCGGUUCAUUGCGAAGAAGUGGAGACCUCAGUCACUGGAAGCGAGUAAAGGAUUCAAGGAGGAAACUAUGGCAACCACACCAAUGCACGUUAUUUCAUUUAUUCACCUGGGUGGGUGCAGUGCUUCCAAAUCAAAGAUUCUCAAUGAGGUGUUAAGUAACCCUCACCAUCAUCACAAUUUCUUUAUCACUCACAACAUGGAAUGUGGUGACAUUCCUCGGAAAAUUUAAGACAGAUUGGUGGAGUUCUGCUGGUACCUCCCCUGUGGCAAGGGAAAUAUUGAUAUCUUCACAGAAUCCGUUCUCAUUGCCAAUUUACGUGGUGGUGCAAGUGUCCUAUACUCUCAGGUCCAUUUCCUGGCUAAGGUAUCCUCAGCCGUCUUUAUACUUGUCUAUCAGGUUGGUGCUGAUGAAUUUGUGUUCUUGGAGUCAGUUGCUGAAUUGCAAACGCAAUACUUCCUCAUCCUCAAACCACAACCUGACCAGCAGGUUGUGACGAGCAGCUUUCUUCAGAAACUGGCCCCAAUAAUGAAGCUGGAACGAAACCACAUCAUCAUGAUGAAUAAGAAUGUGAAUGAAUCAACGUUUGUUGAACAAAUCCGUCUGAGCAUCAAUAGGGCUUUAAAAGACGUGACAGACCGCGUGAGCAUGGAGCAAAUGGCUGAUGUAGCUCGCAAGUUAGUGAUAUUUGUGGAUGAAGAUGAGCUGCAGUGCCAACAUGCUAAAGAAAUAGCAGAGACUAUUACUGCUGCUAUAGCAGACAUGCCAAGUCUGGCAGAGUAUAAGAUGAAAAAUCUACCCUUACAAGGAGAGCUCUGGAAGAAACUGUCCAGGUUAGGUCAGGAACUUUGUCGUCAGAAGAAGCGUGGAGAUAAGCCUAUUGAAAUGUACAUCACUGAACUCAGAGUUGAACAAACAAAUUUGUGGAAGAAACAGCAAGAGUAUGACAUUACAGAAAGCCUUUCUGAGUUUGUCACAGAAAUGGCAAAUAUGAGCCACGAUGAAAGACACUGUUUCCUGAAAUGGAUCAAAUAUCUUCUCGCUGCCUCUGCACAAGAAGAGCUUUCUGAAUUAUGUGAGGCUUAUAAACAACUAUGUAAAGCAUGUGCAACUGAAAAACUUGCUGAACUUGACAAACAAAUAUCAGACAGUUCUCUGGGGCUAGAACAUUUCAUGAGAGAAAUAGGACAGGUUUAUGAAGCUGAGGCAACUCUAAUUAAGGAACAUAUUCUGUCAGAAGAUAGACGCCAGUACACAUCACUUCCUAGCAUAGCUGCCAAUCUUAUGUUAGAUGGCUUUCCAUUCGAACUUCUGGAUGGUGAUGCAUCCAGCAUUUCUGAACAGUGGGUCAGCGCUGUGCUCACACGUCUUUCAGAGAAACUGGGACUAGAUACUAAAAUAGCUGUUCUGACUGUACUGGGUGUACAGAGUACAGGGAAGUCUACCCUCUUGAACACAAUGUUUGGUUUGCAGUUUGCAGUGAGCAGUGGGAGAUGUACAAGAGGAGCUUUCAUGCAGUUGAUCAAAAUUACAGGAGACCUGCGAAAGGAGGCUGGUAGCGAGUACCUGAUGAUUAUUGAUACCGAAGGGUUAAAAGCUCCAAAACUGGCAAAGCUGCAGGACAGCCAUGAACAUGAUAACGAACUUGCAACUCCGGUCGUUGGACUGAGUGACGUUACAUUAGUCAACAUGGCCAUGGAAAACUCUUCCGAAAUGAAGGAUGUCUUGCAGAUAGUGGUGCAUGCCUUCCUGAGGAUGAAAGAGGUAGGGCACAAACCAAACUGUCAGUUCAUUCAUUAAAACGUGGGAGAAGUGUCGGCACAUGAUCAGAACAUGAGAGAGAGGAAGCAUCUCCUGGAUCAGUUAAAUGAAAUGACAAAGGCAGCAGCAAAGAUGGAGAAGAAAGACCAGGAGUUCACAAAGUUUUCAGAUAUCAUGGAAUACGAUCUUGAAAAGAACAACUGGUACAUUCCAGGUCUCUGGCAUGGUGUUCCUCCCAUGGCACCAGUAAACACUGGCUACAGCGAAAAUGUGUUUGAGCUAGAGAAAUAUCUGUUUGAUUUGCUUAAGCAGCGCAAAAGAAGGAAAGAACCAUUUAGCAUUCACCAAUUCACAGAAUGCAUGAAGAGUUUAUGGAAUGCAGUCAAGUAUGAAAAUUUCAUCUUCAGCUUUAGAAACAGCCUAGAUGCAGAUGCUUACAGCCAGCUCAGUUUGAAGUACUCUGAGUGGGAGAGGCAAUUUAGAAAAAUCAUCCAUUUCCAGGUUGAAAAGGCUGAGAAUAAUAUUGGGAAUCAUCCUCUAGAUCAGCUUGAUGAUUUGUACCAGGCUCUAAUUUGAGAAACAAGUAAAGCUCUCCAGAUGCAAAAGGAAAUGAUUCUCGCUCAUCUGGAAGAAUAUUUCAACAGCAAAGUAGAGAACAUACACCUCGUGGAGAAAUUCAAAACUGAUUUCACCUUGAGUGCUGAGAGUUUAUGAAAUGAGCUUGAGAUUUACAGUAAGCGCAAAUGUGAGGAUGCCAUUCACAGGCGCAAAGGGAUGGACAAACUGGUCAACAUACAGAAAGAGUAUCAGGGAAUUAUUCAGAAAAAUGUCUAUGAACUGCUCCAAAGGUGCAAAGAGUUGGAUUCUGUACUCAAUGACAGUAACUUCGAGGAACAGUUUGAAAAGAUGUGGAGAGAUAUAAAGUUUGCAGAUAAUUUAAUUAGAAACGCUGAGCAGUUUGCUGAGGAAAAGCUUAAAGCAAAAGUUGACUUUGAUCAAACUUACUGUCAUACAUUGCUGAGACAAACUGAUGAUAAUUUACUCCUUGGGAAAUAUGGCAACUUUCGCAUGAUUAAUACCUUUGAGGUGGAUCUAAAGUUGCAUAUGUGUGGUCGUGUUCUGCCAAUUUUCCAAAAGAUGCACCAAGAUUUCUUCAGAGAGAAUGAUCCACUGGCUCGUCUGGAAGAAAUGAAGAUUGCCUACUAUUCCACUUUUAAAGAUAUUUACAACGAGAAAGAUCAGAGUCAGAAAAGGGCUCCAGCUCUGUGGAGCGACUGCCUUCUGCCAGAUCUUCACAAUGCCAUUGACAAAAAGCUUGGUGUGGAGAUUGUUGAGGGCAAUGAUUUUGUGAUUAACAAGGGGAAUUUGCAAAUUGUACUCUUUCAGAAUGCUAACACAGCCAGCGAGUUUGCAGCUGAUGUCACUGCAGCCCUGGAUGAUGUCGAGCAGAAACUCAUAUCAGACUUUCACAAGAAUUGCAACAUCGAAGAAAUUCUGCCACGUCUGCCAGUGCAGCUGGAUGAAGAGAUCUUCCGUCAAGUUCUUGGCUGCGGGAAGAUGUGCCGGUUCUGCGGAGUGUCUUGUGAACAAGGAGGCUCGGGACACAAGGAGCAUUUUGCUGCAACACAUCGGCCUGAGGGACUAAAUAGGUUUCGCCAUAUUACCAGCAAAAAGCUGGUGGCGACAGUGUGUAAUUCUGCAAUAGCAUCCGAUGCUUCAUUCCGCUGUGCAGCAACACAAUAUGAGUUCCAUCCAUACAAAGGCUACCGCAGCGUAAAUGAUUAUUUUGCUUCCUGGAAUAUUCCACCUGACACAAGUAUCCAAGCAUCAGCCUACUGGAAAUACGUCCUGUCUACUUUUAAUACAGAGUUUUCAGAAGCUUACAAGGCCAAAAAAGCUGACAUUCCUGUAGACUGGAAAAAUAUAAAAAAGGAAACUGUAAGAGCAGAAAUUGAGAAAACAUACAAUAUGUUUAGGGUAAAAGAACUGAAAUAGUUAGAAACACAGGAUGGUCACACGUCC